AUGAGUAUGCUAAAACUCUAUUUAUCUCUCUUUUAUGUUUUGAGUAUCACCGUAUUUUCUUUCUCUUUUGGUCAAGAUCUACCUCGAGACUAUGUUGAUGCUCACAAUGUUGUUCGUGCCCAAGUGGGUGUCGAGCCUAUCCAGUGGGAUGAGAAACUAGCAAACUAUGCUACGCAAUAUGCUAACAAACGUAGUAGUGAUUGCCUACUAUUGCACUCUCAUGGGCCUUAUGGAGAGAAUCUUGCAAUAAGUACCGGUGAAAUGUCUGGCAUUGAAGCAGUUCAAAUGUGGGUGGAUGAAGAACAAUUCUAUGAUUAUAACUCCAAUACAUGCGUUGAUGACGAAAUGUGUAGCCACUACACUCAAGUGGUAUGGAGGAAUUCGAUGAGAGUUGGAUGUGCGAAAGUUAGCUGUAACAAUGAAGGUACAUUCAUCAUUUGCAGUUAUGAUCCACCUGGCAAUUUCAUAGGCGAGUGGCCAUACUAA